AUGACCGUUAGUUCAUCCACUAUUGUUGGUGCCUUAGCUUGCCAAAAAGAUUCAUUUUUGAAAAAUUUACAAACUGUUGUAAUUUCAUGCUUUGAACAUAAACCCCAGAAUGCCCAAGAUAAACAGAACAAGAAUAAAAAGAAAGGAAAUGAAAAUGUUGAACCAGAAAAGGAAUUAUAUGCUGUCGAGUUAGCUGAUACUAUUCUAUUUCCUGAGGGUGGUGGUCAACCAUUUGAUACUGGCUCUAUUAUUUUACCGAAUGAUAAUAGACUUCCAGUGCAAAUGGUCUUAAGAAACCAACUAACAGCACUUCAUAUAGUUCCUAGUCCGAUAGAUCCUGGGACGAAAGUUACUUUGCAGGUAGACUGGGAUAGAAGGAUAGAUCUUAUGCAACAGCAUACUGGACAGCAUCUAUUGUCUGCGGUGUUAGACACAUAUGACUUGGAAACCUUGAGCUGGUCUUUAAAUGAAAUGAUUAAUUACAUUGAGCUCCCAAGGAAGGUUAGUGAUGAGAUUGUUGAAGAAAUCAAUAAAAAGGUGAAUGAUUAUAUAUUAGAAGGUUUGCCAAUUAAGGUAGUUACACCUGAUGAGCAUGGCGCAGAGAUCGAUACAUCCCAUAUACCUGAUGAUUAUGAUACGUCCAAAGGUAUUAUUAGAAUUGUUAAGAUUGGAGAAUUAGAUUCAAAUCCAUGUUGUGGUACUCAUUUGUCAUCUACUUCACAGAUUCAGGCCAUCUCCUUGUUACAUCAGGUUAACGUCAGAGGAGGCAAUUCACGCUUACAUUUUAUUUGUGGUUCAAGAGUUUAUAAGUAUUUGAUAAAACAACAUAAUAUUUUGAAGGCUGUUUCAGGUGGUCAAUUAUCGUGUCAAAUAGAAGAAGUGGCUGAAAAAGUUGGUGUACUAAAUUUGAAUUAUAAGAAAUCUACUUCUAGAGAAUCAAAUUUGUUAAAAGAGUUAGCUGGAAUCGAGGCUAAUAGAACAUUCAAUGCUUUCAAAGAAAAGAACGAUAAAACUGAAUUUAUUUAUAGGUCUGAUAAUAGCCCGGAAUAUAUUACUGCUUUCCAAAAGGAAUUAAGCACAUUAAUAAAAGACAAUAAAGAUUGUGGGAUAGAUUUAGACAAAAACCAAACUGUUUUAUUGAUCAAUGGUGACUACCAAUCUGGUACAGGAGGAAUGAUUAAGAUAAUGGGACCCAAAGCGACCGAAAUACAGGUUGAGUUAAAACAGAGAAUCUCUGGAUUGAAAGGUGGUGGUAAAGGCAGUUCAUUUCAAGGUAAAGUACCUAAGUAUGAAAAGGGCGAAUUAGAAUCAGUUUUAAACUAUUUAGAAGAUUUGUGUGAUAAGUAA